CCCACCCCCACCCUCACGGUAGCCUGAUGAAGGGACUAUUCAAAGUGCAUAUCGCGGUCGUUCUCGAAGAAUCAGAUUAGCCCUUGAGGGCCGUUUAGUGUGGAACUCGAUCCUAUCCUCCUCUUCAUACCGCGCCGGUGCCCUCCUCCCCAGGUCCCCGCGGCUUACCCCGUCAAGCGUCAAGAUGGCUUCAAAAGCUGGCCGUCCGCCGAAUUACUACGCCAUCCUUGAGGUCUCCGAGACAGCCAGCACCUCCCAAAUCCGCGACGCAUACAAGCGCGCCGCCCUGAAAACCCACCCCGACCGGGUGCCGGCUGACCACCCGGACCGCGCCCGGCGCACCCGCCGCUUCCAGCUCGUCAACGACGCCUACUACACGCUGGGCGACGCCGCCCGCCGGCGCGAGUACGACGCCCAGCGCAAGCUCUUCCCCGGCGGCGGCUUCACCGCGGGAGGGGAUGCGUUCGCCGAGGCCGAGGCAGCGGAACCCGGUUCUGGACCCGGUGCGGGCGGUGCCGGGACCGGAACAGGGACCGGGACCGGGACAGGAACAGGGACGGGGACAGGGGGUGGCGGCGCGCCGGAUUUCUCGUCGUGGGCGUGGAACUUCUUCACCGGCGGCUCGCAGCAGCAGCAGGAGCGGGAGCGGGCGCGGCGGCGGGCGGAGGAGGCGCAGUUCGCCGACGUGUUCGAGGAGAUGCUGCGGGAGGAGGGGAUGGCGGAGCCCGGGGCAGGCGGCGGCGGGGCGCGGCCGACGGGCAAGUUCUGGAGCGUGGUGGGCGGGCUGAGCGGCGGCGCGCUGGGGUUCAUCGUCGCCAACGUGCCCGGCCUGGUGGCCGGCGCCGUGGCGGGGAACCGGCUUGGCGCGGUGCGCGAUGCCAAGGGGAAGAGUGUCUAUGCUGUUUUUCAGGAGCUACCGCAGGAUGAUCGGGCAAGGAUACUGAGCCAGCUGGCAGCGAGGGUGUUGAGCCAUGUCGUGGGGAGUUGAUGCAAGCCUCGUUGUGUCGGUUCAUUCAGGGUCACUGUUGGGCAUGGGUCUGGUGAUGAUUCGGCGUUCUGGGACAGGUUUGCGGAAGGGAUUGCGGCAUGGGAGAGGCAGGCACGAAUAUCCAUUGGAGCUAUGUGAACGCAAUACUUCUGUUCUGAUCUUGCCCCACAACCC